UGCUCUAGCUGCUGUUUGCGUGACCAAAAGUCAUGGAUGAACUCUCAGCUGUGAACAAACACGCUCCUGUGCUGUCACUUUAGUGUCUGCCAUAUCGUCAGCACCGCAGAAAACUCAUCCUUACAUCUGAGAGCCAGGAGAGGAAAAAAGGAAAGAAUUUGAACAGAGUCAAAAAUCCACCUCCUGAUCUGUGUCAAAAUGGACCCAGGGCCGGGAGACUUUCCAGCCAUUGAAUCGGGCAUGCCGUCUGGUUUUUGUGGCGCCUUAUCACCAGCCGUGGCUAUCCGACACAGUAUCCGGUACGACGAGCACAUGGACACCCCCAUGCAUUCGCCCCCUUCUGACAUGACUGUAAACACCCUGUGGAAAGACCCCAUCAUCCCACGGCACAGGUUCAGAGCAGAGGAAGGUCAGAAAGACAAGAAGACGUUGACGUUUGAGGGAUUUGCACCGCCCAAGUCUCCAGUGCCUGUCGUGAAAGCCAAAGCCACCUCUUUCAUGAGCUCACUUAUGACCAAGAAAACCCAAGAGAAUCUAGAGAUGUUUGAGCACCAGGCAGGACUAACAGACGACGUUUAUUCACCACACAAGGGUCUUUCUACUGAGGAGACCCGCUUUCCUCGACGGGCUGAUGUUACAGUUCCUAAGUUGAGAAUGCCAAGUGGGGACUUCAAGGAGGACAGGCUUACAACAUCAGCACAUCCCACCACGAGUGGUACCCCUCCAGUCACCCCUUCUGUCACCCCCAGUGUCACCCCCACUGUCAGUCCCCUCUCAUCACCAGCUCUCCAUCGAAGGAACUGGUUCCACCUCAGUUCAACACCUUUUCUCGCUCUUCCGGACCCUGACAGACAUCAUCCGAACGCAGACAUGGGAGGAAACGAGGGAGGAGGCGGAGGCUUAGACAAGUGGAGCUUUUUCGGAAGUCGGUCGGUGGUGCACAAGUCCCCCACUGAUCCGGGCUCCGAAACCAGCACAGGCUUCUCACUACAGUCAUACUUUGGCCUCCAGAAGUCCUCCACCAUAGACGGCACCAACAGCCAAAUCACUCUCAAGGUUGACGAACCCCCCAACUUUAUGCCCCCCAAGCCUGAAAUACCUGGCACUGAUAAGCGAGUCCCCCAGCGGCCGCACAAACUCAAGCCUCGGGACAUGAAUGUUUUAACACCAUCAGGCUUUUGAAGUGCGACCAGAUAAUAUUCUUCCAUCUAGAGUUCAACUCAUUCCAAGCACAGGGUUACUCAUUUCCUGUUCUGUUGUCUUGUGCUUCAUCUGCCUUCCACGAACUCCCUAAGGCUGACAGGGAACCAUCCUCAGUGCUAGUCGGCCGCAUCGAUGGUCCAAAAGAAGAAAUUAAAAAAAUCCUUAGUCCCCUUUAAAGAUGAAUUAGAAUAAUUUUCUCUUCCCUUCAUUGAUGAACAUUUCCCUCUUUUGGUGUAAUACGUGACGUGAAAUACGUCGUCAGUGCCUGGAAAACUACAACUGACCACAUAUUUCAUAGUGCCAUUCGUUUUCUGAGUUUUACCAUUUCAUAUAAGCUAACUCAUUUAUUGUUGACUUGUGCUUUUCAGUCAGCAUGCAGCUUAGUGUAUGACUGAUAUUGUGCCUGGUCUCGCAGGGUGAAGUGUUUGGGUUUUUUUUUUUUUUUUUCCCCUCAAAAGUUUUCUCAUGUUUUUAUAAUGUGAAAGAACAUCUUUAAUUAUUCUUGCUAGCAAGGCCUGACUUCCUGAUAUAGAUAUUUUUAAAAGCAUUAGCUGUUUUCAUAUUGGUCAACUUUCAAAUGAGCUUUGUGUUCCAAAUAGCAGGUUGAACAGUUUAUGUUUACUUUUCCAGAGCAUUACAGUGUUGGUUCAGCUGCGACAGAAUCAAACAGAGCUUAUUUUCCUUUUUCUUCAUAGUUAUUGUUUUAUUGUUAUUGUGCUAUCCAAGGACUGAACUAUGCGUUUUCUCUGGUGAAAAAUGAUUUUCAUUAAAUUAUUGCACAAGGGAGUUUUCCCAGUUUUUUCAUCUUAAAUAAAUCUGCCAACAACUACAA